AAUGCAGCAGAGCUUGAUCUGACUCGUCCUGCGUGCUGGAAGCAUUUUCUCCCUUCUCUCUUCUCUCUCUCUUCUCUCUCUCUUCUCUCUCUCUUCUCUCUCUUCUCUCUCUUCUCUCUGCUGGACUUUAUUCGGGUGCUCCUCUCACGCCGCUGGGACAUGGCCGUGUCUAUCUCCCUGCAGAGUCUGGGCCUCAUCAUACUCGCAGCCGUCCUCCUCCAGACCAUCGCCGUGGCCAUCAGUUUCAUCUACUUCAACAAAGUCCUGAGCACAAUGAAGGAGAGUUUCUCCCGCAGCAGCGUGUCCUGUCUGAUAAACUCAAACCUGCACUCGGAGCUCGAGGAGUCGUCGGCCGAGGACAGAAAACACAACCCCUGCUGGCAAGUCACGCAACAGCUCCACUACCACAUAGAGAAGACAAUGGCAGACAGAUUCCAGAAGGAGAUAUCCUCCACUAUGAGAAAUAAGCUGACGGGAGCGCUGCCCAUCCUGAGCCCCGGGGUCCCUCUUCCUAAAGUCGCGGCCCAUGUGACGGGUGUCGUCUCCUCCACAGACUCUCCCAUAGCAGAGGGCGCUGGGAGCAGCAGGGGUCACCUGGGGCAGCGUAUCAGAGGGUGGGAGGGCCACAGGGGUCUGUCCUUCCUGCAGAACAUGGAGCUGAGGGGCGGCGAGCUCCUGGUGCCCACGUCCGGCCUCUACUACAUCUACGCACAGACCUACUUCAGGCUGCCCUCGACGGGGGAGACGGAGGGGGACGCAAAGGAGGAGGAGGCAGGAGCGCAGCUUGUGCAGUACAUAUACAAGAAGAUGAGUUCCUACACGGUGCCCAUCCUGCUGAUGAAGUCGUCCCGCAGCGCCUGCUGGCCCCGGGGUCAGGAGCCGGGCCUCUUCUCCCUGCACCAGGCCGGCACUGCCUUCCUCCAGCCGGAGGACCGCCUCUUCGUCACGGUCAGCAACGCCAGCGCCAUGGAGAUGGACGGCAGGGCCAGCUACUUCGGGGCCUUCCUGGUGGGCUAGUGAGAGAGGGAGCGAGGCCUGGACGGAGGAGUCCAGCACUGGGAUGACUUUGUUUCUUUAGACACUGACAGAGGUUGACCCAAAUGUCAGGGUUUGCUCUGGUUGAAUGUGAGGACGCUGCCUGGGGACACAGGGAUGGAGACGGACAGACCACCAGGGGAUUGGCACUGGAGCUGCAGGGACGUGAUCAAACCAGACACACCAACAACAGUGGCCCAGUGCGAUGGGGAAGUGGAACCAUUUGGUGUGUGUUUACUCCAGCAGUGACCAGUUAAUUGAUAACAGCUAAACCUCAGACAGGAUACUCAUUCUGUUUGUGAGGCUGCGGCGAGCAGGACGCACCGCAAACAGAUUGUGUGGUGCAUUCAGGUCACCGGGGAUUUGGAGGACAAUAGAUGCAGAUUAAAUGCUGUGCUGUGGUGUGUGAGCAGCUGGGAGAAGAGAGCCGUGUUGACUAAAUAACACUUAGUGGAGUUUUUUAUUAAAAGUGAAUAAAUGCCACAAGAUGUUAAAGGCUCUUUAAAUGUUCUCUUUGUACAGCUUCUUGAAUAAAUCUGUGGUGUGACAAAGAAUGUCAAGUAUUAAAACUGCUUUUUGAUACAUUAA